CGCACUGUGAUACCUUUUUUCUCUUCAUCAUCUUCUCUGUCUAGUUUGAUUCUGUUGCCCAGUUGUUGAUUUCUAUCACCGCAGCCAUGUCCGGAAGCGCAGGUUACGACAGACACAUCACGAUCUUCUCCGACCAAGGUCGUCUGUAUCAAGUUGAAUAUGCCUUCAAAGCCAUCACCGCUGCAAACAUCACCUCUCUAGGUGUGAGAGGCAAGGAUUGUGCCGUGGUGUUGUCCCAGAAGAAAGUCGCCGAUAAAUUAAUCGACCCAUCGUCCGUUUCGCAUGUAUUCCGGCUCUCUCCUUCAGUGGGCUGUGUGAUGACCGGCUCCAUCGCAGAUGCUCGAGCUUGUGUUGAUCGUGCUCGUGGCGAGGCCGCUGAAUUCCGAUACAAGUACGGCUACGAAAUGCCCUGCGAUGUCCUCGCCAAGCGUCUUGCCAAUAUCAACCAGGUUUACACACAAAGGGCUUACAUGCGCCCCCUAGGCGUUGCAAUGACACUUAUCUCUGUCGACUCGGAGAAUGGCCCACAACUCUACAAGUGUGACCCGGCUGGGUACUACGUCGGAUACAAGGCGACUGCAUCGGGCCCGAAACAGCAGGAGGCCCUCAAUCACUUGGAGAAGAAGCUGAAAAACAAGGAUUACGCAGAGGGCAGCUGGGAGGAAGUGGUGGAAUUGGGGAUUACGGCGUUGAGCAGCGUGCUGAGUGUGGACUUCAAGAAGCACGAAUUGGAGAUUGGCAUUGUCGGGGGACCCCGGGCAGACGGACAGGAAGGCACAGAUCCCAACUUCCGAGCUCUGACGGAGGAAGAGAUCGAUGAACGGCUGCAGGCUAUCAGCGAAAAGGAUUAAUCGUAUUUAUUGGUAGACGCAACACGAUACAUG